CGGCGUGUGAAGUUUAUAGGUUAUCUUUGACUUUCUAACAACAAAUAAGCAGUUUGGCUCAAAAACCCCUCAAAAAUGGAGAGCGACAGUGAAUUCGACAUACCGGACGACGAAAUCGAGAUAAUCUACUCGGAUUCCGACGAGGACGGGCUGGAUGAGGAAAAUAUCGAAGAGAUGAUCGAAGGGAUUGAAAUAAACGAAGCAGAGGUUGUAGAUUUGGCGAAGUUCACCUUUACAAAGCACGCGAAGUCGGUGUUCUGCAGCGACUUAUCCGGAGACUCUAAAUUGGCUGUAACAGGUGGUCAAGAUGAUGUGGCUUACGUGUGGGAUACAGAGAGUGGGGAAGUGGUUUUGGAGUGUACGGGGCACAAAGAUUCGGUGACGGAGGUGGCGUUCAACCAUAACGAUCAAUAUGUGGCGACUGCGGAUAUGUGUGGGAUGAUACAAGUAUGGGAUGUGGCGGAUAAGAAACUUAUUUGGUGUUUCGAAGGAGACGACAUGUUGUGGCUUACCUGGCACCCAAUGGCGAAUGUUUUGGUGGUGGGUUUCCAAACCGGUGAUAUUUACAUAUGGCAAAUCCCCUCAGGGAACACCAAAGUGCUUCCAACUGCUUCUAGUAUGCCUACGACGUGUGGUAAAAUCCUCCCCAACGGUAAGCAGUUACUGGCCUCGUACGAGGACGGUAUUUUGAAGUUGUGGGACAUAAAAACAAGCACUGCCGUGUGGCAGAACAAACAGGAAACCCCAGCGCUACAACUAGCUGUAAACGCUGAUGCUAGUUUAGCAAUGCUAUCGCCUAGUUCUUCCCUAGUGAAAUUAACCGAUGGGCGGACUGUAUCCACUUUAUUAUCCUCAGGGGAAACGGAAAUCGAGGUCGCUCUUUUCGAGAGCGAAAUGAACUUACUGGUAACUGGAGGCCUGUCUGGAAGACUAUGCGUCUGGGAGUCUGGAAAGCAUGCUUUACGUCACGAGGCCCAAAUAGAGUGCCCGGUUACGAUCUUAAAGUGGGGUAAAAACGGGCAAAUUUUCAUCGGGGGUUCCGAUGGAGCCAUAUACGUGUGCAAUGUAAAACUGGGGACCCUGGUGGAAACACUCACGGGUCACAGGAGCGGCAUUUUGAGUAUAUCGGUUUUUAAAGAUGGCAGAAAAAUUUUGACCACCUCUGAUGACGGUGUGGCUAAGAUUUUCGACGUUAAAAUAUAAUAAUGGUAAUUUUAUAUAACAGGGAUGUUUCUUAUUUAAUGUUUACAAGGAUUUGCUAUGUAUCUACUUAUAUAUAAAUCAUACAAUCUUAUAAUAAUAUUUAUUGAUGUUAUAAAUGUACUCUAAAUGCGCAUCAAACUUUUUUAAAUAAUCUAUCAUACUUAUAAAUAUAAAAUUGUUUUGUAUUUUGUUAUUUUUUAUUGUUGAGAUUAUUGUUCAAUUGGAC